AUGCCUCCAAACCAAAAGGCUAGGCACAAAACGCCUUUGUCAUCUUCUAUGCCUCAUAAGAAUUUGAGAAGUCUGCAGAAUUCGGAUGUGGGUUCAAAAAUUGAUUCUGAUCAAUGUCAAGGAACAGAGUUUAAGAAAUCAACAAAUGCAGAAUUGAAAUUUCCUAAGAAGGAACCAGAAGAAGAAUUGAGGAUUUUUACCAAGAGUGCAUGCUUGAAUUCUAAGCAUAGAAGGAAGAAAGCAUUAACUACUGUGGAAAAGAUCAGAGCUUUAAACAAUGCAAGUUCUUUUGAAUCUGAAAAUCCCUUUUUCAUGGUAAUCAUGCAGCCUUCAUAUGUCCGUCGUAAAUGUUACUUGGUGAUGCCAAUAAAAUUCACUAAAAGACAUUUGAAGAAAGAGUGUGGUGUUGUAAAACUUGAAGCCUUGGAUGGGAGAACUUGGCCUGCUAGGUAUGAGAUUCCCAGAAUCAAAGAUGGAUGGAAGAAGUUUGUAAUGGAAAAUGGUUUGAAAGUGGGUCAAGUUUGUGUUUUUGAACUGAUUGGUCGCAUUUUCAAAGUACAUAUUUUCGGGGACAAGGAAGAAGUUAAAAGCAGAAAGAAGACUUGCAGUCUUGCAGAAGAUCUGAAAGUUAAUCCUGUUAAAAAAGAGCAGAUCAGCAGUAUUCAAGAGACUUCUCUUGAAAAGGCUAGCUCUUUCAAACCUAAAUAUCCUCAUUUUAUGGUUAAGAUGACACAUAAUUACAUUUGGGGCAAAUCAAACUUGCAUGUGCCAGUAGAAUUUGCAAGAAUACAUCUUCGUGACUGCAAUGAGAGUGUGAAACUUGUUGUGCAAGAUGUAGCUUGGCCUGUUGAGCAUGUAUUUAGAAUAACACUUCCAGGAACUGCAAUUCAUGAACUUUCUCUUUGUGGAUGGAAGCAGUUUUGCCAGGAUAAUGAGUUAAAAGUAGGUGAUGUUUGCAUCUUCGAGCUCAUCCCCGACGUCAAUCCUACAUUUCGAGUGACAAUUUUGCGAGCCACUGAACACGUAGUUCAUUCAACAAACUCAGGGAGAUAUGGAAGAUGUUUGUCCAACCCAGUGAGUCUGAAGCCUCCUGAUGGUAAAGAAUGGAGAGUGUAUUGGACAAAACGUGAUAAUGAAUUUUGGUUUCAAAAGGGAUGGAAGGAAUUUGCUAACUUUUAUUCUCUAGAUGAUGGUUUUUUGGUUUUGUUCAAAUAUGAAGGAACUUCUCAGCUUCACGUACACAUAAUUGACAAGAGCGCCCUAGAAAUAGAUUAUCCUUUAUCUAGGUAUGCCUCUAGUCAAGAGGAUAACCUUGAUAAUCUCAGUGAUGAUAUAAUUGACAUCUUGGAUGAGACAACUCCAAGCCCUGAGGCUAGUCAAAAUGCGCCCUUGUCAUCUUCUAGGCCUCAUAAGAAAAUGAGAAGUACUGCAGAUGAAGAUGUUGAAAUGAGUAUGCCAGCGGGCAUGAAAACUAAAAACUGGCAAUUUCAAGGAACAAAAUUUCAGAAAUCAAUCAAUGCAGACUUGAAAUUUUCUAAGCAGAAAUCUGAAGGAGACACAGAAGCAAGAAUUUUCGACAAGAAUAAAUGUCUGAAUUCUGAGCAUAAAAGGAAGAAAAUGUUAACUGAUGUGGAAAAGAACAAAGCUUUGGAAAGUGCCAUUUCUUUCAAAUCUGAUAAUCCCUAUUUCAUGAUGGUCAUGCAGCCUUCAUAUGUCUCUCCUAAAUCUUACUUGCCAAUACCGAAAGAAUUUGCUAGAAAACAUUUGAAGGAAGAGUGUGAAGUUGUGCAACUUAAGACCUUGGAUGGGAGAAUUUGGCAUGCUAAGUAUAACUUUCCGAAAAUUGGAGAAGGCUGGAGGAAGUUUGUGAAAGAAAAUGGUUUGGAAGUGGGGCAUGUUUGUGUAUUUGAAAUGAUUGAUCUCUCGUUGAAAGUACAUAUUUUCAGAGAUGCUGAAAAAGUAAAUCUGAAAGUAAACUCUUUUGAAAAGGAGCAGAGUAGCAGUAUGCAAGAUCCACCUCUUGAAAAGGGUAUGCAACAUCCACCUCUGGAAAAGGUUAUGCAACAUCGACCUCUUGAAAAGGAUAGCUCUUCCCAACCUGAAAAUCCUCAUUUUAUGUACGUGCCAAUUGAAUUUGCAAAAGCACAUCUUCGUAAUGGUCCUAAGAGUGUCACACUUAUUGUACAAGAUAAAGAUUGGACUGUUGGGUACGCUUUCAGAAGUUAUGAUAAACAUCAACAAAGUGCUCAAUUUUCUUGGGGAUGGAAGCAAUUCUGUAAGGAUAAUGACUUGAAAGUAGGUGAUGUUUGUGACUUUGAGCUCACUGAGAAAUUCAGAUUUCAAGUGGGAGCAAGAAGCCAAUACAGAAGUUUGUAG